AUAGAUGUACCGGACAACAGACAAAAAGUGCAAAAAUAUGCAACUCCUUGAGAAACGUGCACUUGCAAAUAUACCUUUGUAUGCAAGAACUCUAUUAGUAGUCAUGGGGCCCAAACUACUCAGCCGGGCUCCUCAGGUGGCCAAAUGAUUUGCUCACCAAUAAUCUGCACCUCCUGGCCUAAUGGGGGGGGGGGCAACAAACAUAAAAUACCUCAUGAAACAACGGAGUCAGGGAGCGACUGGCCAGGUGGCACAUUUACAUUGUUUGUAGCCUGCCAGCAACAUAUGAAAGUAAGAAUGGUGGAUCAACAGUACAAGGACUGACAGAGAAGUGUCUACCCUAAACCUAGGGUCAGACAGUGACCCUGACAACCAGACACCAUUUUCAGCUGAAGACUGGGAAAUUAUAGAAGGGUUUGAAAUUAAAAAAAAACAAACAAACCCAUUCAUACAUAAAAACGAGCGUAUCCUUGUUAGGUUAUAUUAAACAGUCUUCUAAGAUUCAGCUGUAGCGUGACGAGAAUUUUCAGCCUAAUGUGUUACAUUAGUUUCCACAAAUUCCCAGCCUGCUGCUGGUUUCAUGCGCCUCGGAAAGCCUGGGCGUGCGUUCCACGUCCCGGAAGUUGAGAUUGUUUGACCUAAAUCGGCGAAUUACACCCGGAAGUACAUUCGAUUGCAUGAAACCAGCGUGACUUUCACAGAUAACCUGACAAUUAUGAGACUUUUACGAGAGGCUGCAAAACUGGGUCCUCUGGCCCUCCAGUAUAGUGUGGAGUUACAAAGAAAAAAACGCUCCCCCUCACUUUCUGCCGACACUGUUCCUCAGGCAUCAUCCCAAAUGAAAGAAUACGAAACAUUGGCAUUUCUGCCCACAUUCACCGGCAGAACAGCACAUAUGCACGAGGUGAGUGCCAGGCAGGGGAAGGAUUUGCUGAGUGUUCAUAGAUGAAACAAAUCGCUUUGAAAUAUUUGGUAAAUGGAAGGUACAUUAUGAAAAUAAGUAUUAAGGAAAUAUUUAUAAGAUAGGUUUUCCCAGGUCCAGUUUCCCUUUCCAACUAAAUUAGCAAAUAGAAAAUACCUGAUCUAGUGCACUUACAAUACUGACAGGUUAAUUAGUUGCUGCAGAAUAUUGUACUUCGGCAAUCCUUGCCCCAUUUUUACAUCGUCAAGGCUUGCUGUGCCUGAAAUUGAAUUAACAAAUUAAUGGAAAAGUUUCCCUUUCGUGAAAUGAGAGUUUGGCAGCACAGGUCUGAAGAUAAGUGGCCUUGGCAAUCCAGGAAGUAGUGGCCUCUAACAUAGAUAAUAAUGCUAGGUUACCUUCACAAAACUUAUUUUUUCUUCAGUUAAUAUGACACAAAUAAUGGCUUCUUUCAAUUACUUUUGACAGUUUUCUAAAAUCAAAGUAUUAAAAAUGAAUUAGUUUGUCUCCCAUCUCAUGUUUCCCAGUAACAACCCAGCUUGUUUAAAGUCUGUCACUGAGCAGCUGUUAAAACUUCUACAUUUAGGGGCAGAUUUAUUUAAUGGUGAAAUGACAGCUCACCACAGAACAUCUCUCCCUUUCUAUUCAUUCAUUUGUGAUUUUUAGAAGCAUAUUUAUCAAAUGGUAUACCCUAACUAUCUUCCCAUUGAUAAAUACACUUCUUAAAAUCCCAAAGGAAUGUGGUGGGCUCUAAUUUUACUUAUUUUCUAAUUCAUUAUUAAAAUAUUAUUAAAAGAGAAAAUAUAGAGCUACUAAACUAUAUUGUAAUUAUUUAUAGUAUACUGUGUAAAAAUUAUUAGUUUUGUGAAGGUGAUCUCCCCCUAUAAACAUGUAAGAUCACUGAAAAUACUAUAAAUUAAUAGAUAAGAAGACCCUCUGUGUAAGAAUAAUAUUAUAUAUAAUAUAAUAAUAAAGGAAGCUUUAUUUUUUUCUUGGACCCUGUAAUUUACUUUUGAGUUAAACAACUUGGCAAGUUCUUUUUCUUGAAUAUUUUCAAACUACAUCUCAAAUAUUGAGCUGAAGCACAAGUGACAAUCCAAUGAGCAGCCAUCUACACCAUGUGGAAGGACACCAACAUCAAUAUUAUUGAUACACCAGAGCCACUCUGAAGAGGCUUUUCACCCCAGUUCUUGUGGGCAGUGCACUGAAGAAUAAAGCGGAUGGAAAGGGAAUAUGCCUGUCCUUGUGUUAUGGGUAAACCUAAAGUUGCCUUCAGAGAGACAAUCAGCAAACUGGUGCCAUUUGACUUUACACACAAGAAGCAGUCUGGAGGUGCCGGGCAGUAUGGAUUCCAAUGAAGUCUCUUUCAUCAGAGCAGGAGAGGGUGCACUGAAGCAAGCUAUGGAAAAGGCCACUGUUUGCAUCCUGGAGCCAAUAAUGUCUGUGGAGGUUGUGGCCCCUUCUGAAUUCCAGGGCCCUGUAAUAGCUGGAAUUAAUCUCAGACACGGGGUGAUUGCAGGACAGGAUGGGUCAGAUGGCUAUUUCACUCUCUAUGCAGAUAUUCCACUAAACGUCAUGUUUGGCAUCAGAACUUCGGUCAUGCACAGAGGUUUGUAUUUGCUACUGCCAUUCUGUGCAACAUCUGGUUGGCUUUUUGAAGCAUUCAUUGAUUAUCAAAUGUAUAUAAUAGGGGAAGGGAGUGGCUGUUGUUCCUUUGUUUUAUUAUUCGAUAAUGUAGGGAAAUAGUAAGUUACAUCCCAAAGCAAAUUUUUUUGCAUAUAAUGUAGCAACCCACCCAAUGGCACUCUAUUUUCGGUAGACUUAUGUUUUUAAAAGUGAUGCUUUUUUAGUCUCCCACUUAAGGGGGAUGUAAACCCAAAAAUAAAAUGUUGCCCAACUAAGAAAGGAAAAUAAUUCUAAGCAAAGUUCCAGUAUAGAUCAAUGGCAGGAGAACUAGAAGUGGCAUUGUGUAAAUAUCUGAAUUUUACUACAACCCCAUAGUGAAUAAAUUUGCACUUGACACCCGUAGUUAUGAAACUCAUAUACAUUUGUAGGUCAUACCUGGCAUUACCCUUGUCAGCCAUUUAAUUGCCAAACUGGGGACCUGAGGAACAAAAUGUUAAUAAAUGAAAAACAGCCGCAAAAAAAAAAAAAGUUGUACAUGAUCUAAUAUUGGCUGCUGAUUAGGCC